CUUUCAGGCAGCGAGAGAGACUUGUGAGGUAACAGUGAUCAGCUGGCAACUGGAGUUUGGGGUGUCCAACAACGAACAGAGGGAAGUGUCAUUAUCGGGCACCGAAGAGUUAAACUCAUCUACUGAACAUUUAAAACAACGGGGUAAUUAAUAUUGAGAUCCUGAAACAAAAUACAAGGGAUUUGUAAUUUUGUCCGGUAAUACCUGUGAGGAUCGGAUUUUAACUUUAACAGAUCUGUUUGUGGUUGUUUUACGUUAACGUAAAAUUUAACUACAAGGCACUACAGCCCUCUACCUACACUUUUUGUACAGUCUGUAUUUGCCUUAGAUUACAGUUUAAGACGUGUUUAAUUGAAGGCGCACGUUGCAGACUACAUGCUGUUUGUGUCUUCAGUUGUGGAUCUCCAGGAAUUAGCCACUGAAACACAUGGAUUCGCUCCGGAGAUAAACCUGGGCAGUAUCCUUAAAACUGGCCCUCAUUAAUGUACACUAUUCUUUUGGAGCAUUCAAAGCAUUGUUUUCAAUUGAAAAAUUAGAAUUUCAGUUUAGUCUCGCAUACUGCACAUUUCUUGGAUGUUUAUUUGGUUGCAGUUAGUGCGUGAUUUGAUAAUUCUGGCAGUCCCCAUGGCACUCUGACGGAUUAUUGUGGUACUGCUAAUCACAAGGACAGUGUGGAUUGUAACCAUGGGAAAAGAACAGGAGCUCUUCCAAGCAGUGAAGCAUGGGGACAUGCAGACUGCACAAAAGCUUCUGGCAAAGAUCAAAACCAAUCGCAACAAAUUACUGGGCUCCACGAAGAGGCUAAAUAUCAACUACCAGGACUCUGAUGGGUUCUCAGCCCUGCACCACGCCGCCCUCACAGGCACCACUGACCUCAUUGCCCUGUUGCUAGAGGCCCAGGCCAUCGUCGAUAUCAAAGACAGCAAUGGAAUGAGGCCUCUGCACUACGCUGCCUGGCAGGGCAAAGCUAACUCCGUUCACCAGCUGCUCCGUGCUGGCGCGUCCGUCAACCUGGCCUCCCAGGAUGGGCAGAUCCCGCUGCAUCUUGCUGCACAGUAUGGACACUACGAAGUGUCGGAGAUGCUGCUGCAGCACCAGUCCAACCCCUGCAUCGUAAAUAAGGCGAGGAAGACUCCGCUCGACUUGGCCUGCGAGUUUGGGAGGCUGAAGGUGGCUCAGCUGUUGUUGAGCAGUAACAUGUGUGUGGCCCUGCUGGAGGGAGAGAGUAAGGACAGCUCGGACUCCAGCUGCAACACUCCCCUGCACCUCGCCUCCAGGAAUGGACACAAGGACAUCAUCCGACUGCUUCUGAAGGCAGGGAUCGACAUCAACAGAACGACCAAGUCAGGGACCGCUUUGCACGAAGCAGCUCUCUAUGGGAAGACGGAGGUGGUGCGUCUUCUGCUUGACGCUGGAAUUGAUGUGAAUAUUCGCAACACCUACAGCCAGACCUCCCUGGACAUUGUGAACCAGUUCACCACUUCCCAUGCCAGCAAGGAGAUCAAGCAGCUGUUGAGAGAGGCAUCAGGACACCUGCAGGUCAGAGCGCUGAAGGAUUACUGGAACAUCCACGACCCCACAGCCCUCAAUAUCCGAGCAGGCGACAUCAUCAUGGUUCUGGAGCAGCACAUGGAUGACCGCUGGAAAGGACACAUCCACGACACUCAUCGGGGUACAAACCAGGUUGGAUAUUUCCCUCCCUCCAUUGUGGAGGUCAUCAGUAGGAGGGCAGGUGGCACCCUCUCCCGCCACUCCUCCCUGCCCAUGCCGCGCCAGCAGAUACUCUCCAGACCCCCCCUCACCAGCUUGACUGCCCCCCAGACUGACGACUCCUACCAGCUGUACGCUCCACCCCCUUACAUCACCUUUCACCUGGCAAACGGGCAUGGAGACAACACAGCUGGCGACCGGAACAGUGUUGGCAGCACGGGCAGUGUGGGCAGCACUCGGAGCGCAGGCAGCGGGCAGAGCAUGGAUAGCACCAGCGGGCAGCCAGCAGGGGGCAGCACAGAGAACGGCAAGCCAGUGCCUCCUGGUGGCAAGCAAGUGCAACUUUACAGUGUGGCCUAUGACAUCUCCAAACAGCCAGACCAGUCUUCAGGGACGACCCAGUGGCAGGGAUUGUUGGGCUGCAGGUCCGGGGAGCAGAGUCACUCCCACCAGGGCCUGUCGGGCUGCAGGUCAGGGGAUCAGAGUUACUCCCAGCAGGGCCUGUCAGGCUACAGGUCCGGGGAGCAGAGUUACUCCCAGCAGGGCCUGUCAGGCUGCAGGUCCGGGGAGCAGAGUUACUCCCAGCAGGGCCUGUCAGGCUGCAGGUCCGGGGAUCAGAGUUACUCCCAGCAGGGCCUGUCAGGCUGCAGGUCCGGGGAGCAGAGUUAUUCCCAGCAGUUCAUCCGACCGGAACACCUUCUGGAGGGCAAGGAUGCUGAAGCUAUUUACUUGUGGCUGAGCGACUUCCAACUGGAACAGUACACUGGAAGCUUCAUCAACGUCGGAUACGACUUGCCCACCAUCAGCCGCAUGACCCCUGAGGACCUGACUGCUAUCGGAGUGACAAAGCCAGGGCAUCGAAAGAAGAUUUCCAUUGAAAUCGGGAACCUGAGUAUACCAGAGUGGCUGCCACACUAUAUUCCGGCUGACCUGGAGGAGUGGCUCAGUGCUAUAGGCCUGUCCCAGUAUCACAAGAAGCUAUCAGAAAACGGGUAUGACUCUAUAAACAUUGUCCGGGACAUCACAUGGGAGGACAUGCAGGAGAUCGGCAUCACACAGCUUGGUCACCAAAAGAAGAUGAUGCUAGCGGUGAAGAAGCUGUGUGACAUCCAGAAGGCUCUAAACCAGACGGAGGCGUGCACAAGGACACUGCAGCACAAGGUCCCUGCAGCGCUGGACAUUGUCACCAUUGAGCCCAUGGAGGGCGGGGAGUGCCAGUCCUCCCACACCCCCAAAAUGUUGACAUUCCAGGACAGCAAGUUGAGCACCGAGCUGCAGAGCACCAUGCCCAACACCUACAGCGGCUGCCAGGAUGGACUGGCCAUCAAAAAUUCUGUGGCCAUGUCAUGUAGCCAGGAAAGCAUCGGGAUCCGCUCAUGGGGCUCCGGACACUCUCGGGACAACAUGCUGGCCAGGACCGCCCUCUCCAGCCGCUCCCAGGAGAGCCUGGGCAGCGGGGACAGCAGUGGCAGCAGCGGGGGCCACUCCAGAGCAGGUACCACCCAGGAGAGCCUCCGAAAACCCACCAGCAGCCCUGCCAAGGAAAGGAACAUUCCAGAAGGCCGGGACCAAUACCAAUGGCCUCUAGUGCUCACUAAGAGUGGUGUCCCCACCUCCAGUGUCCUGGGGAAAGCUAUUCCCCCACAACGUUUUCAUCAGUACUCCUCUGCCCCCAUCCCGUCAGCAGCCAAACAACUCUUCACACCGCCACACACCCCUAACAAAGCCCCUCAGGCCUUCGUUUACCCACUGAUCCCAGCAAAAACCAAGCAUGCAGGUUCACUGCCAUCAACCCCCGCUCUCCCGUUUCAGCAUGUGCCUCAGUCUCCCAAGCUUGCACCAGGGCAGUCUCCAGCGCAGAAAGCGUUCACCUACCUCCACACUCAUUGCCGUGACAGCUUGGAAAUUGAGCAUAGCCCCCAUGCCAGGCUGGUGCUCGGUGCUGUGUCCAUUCCAUGCCACAGCAGUCCGGCACUAAACCCAGACCUUUUCAAGUUGAAGAAGCGCUCCCAGAGCCUCACCCGCUAUGCCAUGUCGGAUGAGGAACCUGAGGAAGACGAGAGGCCUGUUGGCAACCUGGAGUCCUAUGCUACUCUGACCAGACGGCCUGGGCGCAGCCAGCUGGCACAGUUACCGUCCACCACAGACCAGAAAGUUAACCGUAGCCAGUCAUUCGCCAUCCCGGCCUGCCAGAAAGGACCGCCCCCUCCUCCCCCCAAGAGAUUGAGCUCUGUGACGGCUCCCCAGGAGGAGAGUGCUCCCUACAAUCAGCCUGCAGAUCUGCCCACCAUGCUUGCAGCUCCUCCUGAUGGAGUGGAGACUGGUAGUGCUGGCAGUGUAAGGACAAUAGCUGCUAUUUUGGAACUUUCUGGUGCUAGCCCAGUCAAGACUCCACUGAAACAAGAAAAGGUUAUCGUCAGGAGCAACCUGAAGCUGGAAACAUCGAUUCCUAAACCAGCCAGCCCAGGGAGUUCCCCCAGAAUAACCCUGAUGCCCCAACCAAAACCAGCCCUGCCCCAGACUCUGAGAGAGGGUGUUGUGUACCCAGACCAGCAUAGAAGGACCAUCAGUGAGCCAGUGGUCUGCCAGACAGAUAAGAUGGAGUCUGAAGUGGAGGAUGUCAAAUCUGAUGUCGAGGAUGAAACAAAGGUGCAAGUAAAACCAGGCCUGGAUGGUUCUUCUUCAUCCCAGAACAGCUCUAGUGAGUGUAUCCCCUUUGCAGAAGAAGGCAACCUCACCAUUAAACAGAAACCCAAGGGGAAUGGGCUUCUCAAGCCAGAUACCUCCACAGAAACAGGGGAGCAGUCAGCUGGGGGGCAGGGGACAAAACUGCUGGAAGUUCCAGAGUUCAACCUGACAGAGUCUGACACAGUAAAGCGAAGGCACAAGCCCAAAGAGAAAGAAGAGCAGCAGACAGCCCCAGAUGGGAAACCUGAGACCAACCACAGCGUCUCUCUGUCUCGCUCCACCGGGGCCCACACUGUGAACAUUGUUUCCACCAAGACGGGCCUGGGUCCUCAAGGGCCUGUCACAACGACAAGGGAUUUUGAGGACGAUGAUGACAUGGGCUUCAGGAUCGCAGAGAUCGAGAAAAGCGUCCAGUCUUUAGUAAAGGGCACAGGCAAGAUAGAGAAACCGGCACUGUCACCCAAACCCCCCGGCUCCCAGGAUACCCAGCUGGCUACUGUAGCGUCCGCAGACACUAACUCCCAACUGCACAUACCUGCAGCAGCCAUAGAUAGCCAUGAGAUCCCUGCCCAUUCUGUAUUGCUGAAUGUUGUCCAGAGUCUGGCUUUCACAACCACCACACUCAGCAGCCCUCGCACCUCCUCGCAGGCGCCAUGCUCUGAGUCCCUGAGGUCCCAGAGUAGAGCAGGAUACUUCCCUGCCUCCUCCCCUUCUGAGCCAGGGGCACCCCAAAUCUCAGCCUUGGUUCAGCACAGAUUGGAGCAGACCAGCUCCUCCCUUGAAUCUGCGCUCCAGGCAGUGGAGAGGAAGCUGAUGCUGGAAGACAGCAGAGACUGUGGGACCAGCACAGUGAGAUCAGCUGGUAACAUUCUCGAUGACAUCGGCAACAUGUUCGAUGACCUUGCCGAUCAGCUGGACGCCAUGCUGGACUGAGGAGAGGAGGCCUGCACUGCAGAAAGAGCAGGGACCACAUUGCUGCUGCGAGCACGGCUAGGAUAUGACUGGCUUCUGAAAGGACCAAGCCCUUGGGUGUCUGCAGCAAGUGAAGCUACAGCACUUUAAACACAGCAGGAGUACCAGGAACGCACAAAUAUACAGGGCAGUUUGAGAAAUAACCUGAUUUGUAUACAGGAGCUUGGCCUUGAUUCACGGGACAGAAUCCUGCAGUGCUGCUUCUUUUUCUGUUUCGGCUGCGCCAACACAAGCACUUAAAAACAAUGUACUUUAUAAAACUGCUUCGUAAUUCAGUUAUGAGAAGUAUUGCCAGACCACUAAGGUAUCUGGGACCCUUGUGUUUGACAUUUUACUGAGUCCCACUUUCCUUUAUUUUUAAAAGCUAAUCUCGUUGUACAUUCUAAUUAAAGUUUAUACAUGGCUUUAUAA